AUGGACCAAAUAUCAGUACCUUUAGUCGCUGCGGCCGUCGCAGGUACGGCGACUGCUGCGGCCUAUCUGAAUGCCAAAUGGCACGUCACCAAGGACGUGAGCGCCGUCUGGUUCGUGAAAUCAGGCGAGAGAUCUGUAAAACGAGCCGUGGCCAACGGCCGUCUAAGCAACUUCUUCCUCUUCGAAAAUGCCGCUCUGUCCUUCCCCGAUAAGACCGCAAUCUGGUCCCGCGAACGCACCUACACAUAUCGCGAAUCCCUCGAAAUCGUGUCUCAACUCGGACACUACUUUCUGUCUAUUGGUGUUCGGCCCGGUGAGCUUGUGGCUGUGUAUUUGAUGAACAGCCCAGAGUUCCUGUUCAUAUGGCUUGCGCUCAUGAGUAUUGGAUCCGCCCCCGCUGGAAUAAACUAUAACCUGAACGGAGACGGACUACUACACUGCAUAAAAGUGCCGAAUGCGAAGUUUGUGGUCGUCGAUGAUGAUGCUGCUUGCCGUGAGAGAAUUGAGGCGGUUCGGCCUACUCUCGAGAACGAGUUUGGCAUAACGACCCUCUCGCUCAGCGAGGUCAUGCGCAAAGCAACCACCUCCUUCCCCAAAACGACCCCAGAUGAGAAAUAUAGACUCAACGUCAAGGAAUCAUUCCCACUGAUGCUGAUCUACACAUCCGGCACAACCGGUCUACCCAAGGGAUGCGCAUUCACGACUAGCCGGUUCUAUGCCGGCGCAAGCGUCACAAAGCCCACGGACGAUCGGUGGUACUGCUGCAUGCCACUAUACCACGGCACAGGCGCAGUCUGGACUCUUGCACGACUCGUAAGCGGCACGAGCGUCGCAAUCGGACGCAAAUUCAGUACGAGCAAUUUCUGGAACGAUGUGCGCGACUCCGAGUCUACAUGGUUCAUAUACGUCGGCGAAACGGUGCGAUAUCUCCUCAACAAUCCCCCUUCGCCACGAGACAAAGAGCACAAACUCUACGGAAUGCUGGGUAAUGGAUUGCGGCCAGAUGUAUGGGAGAAGUUCCAGCAGAGAUUUGGCGUGCAGGAGAUUCAUGAGUUUUUCAAUAGUUCGGAGGGAAUGCUGGGAUUGAUGAAUGUCAAUCGUGGACCAUUUAGUGCCGGCGCGGUUGGUCAUCAUGGCGCUCUGCUGCGCCUGCUUAUGCACAAUCAAUACAUCCCCGUCGCCAUUGACUACGAGACGGGCGAUAUAUGGCGUGACCCGAAGACGGGGUUUGCGAAACGUCAAUCUUAUGAAGAAGGUGGUGAGAUUCUCGUUGCGAUUCCGAAUAAAGAAGCUUUUCAGGGGUAUUGGGAGAAUGAUGCUGCGACAAACAAGAAGUUUGCGCAGGAUGUGUUUAAGAAAGGGGAUUUGUAUUACAGGUCUGGCGAUGCGUUGAGGCGUUUGGAUGAUGGGAGGUGGUACUUCAUGGAUCGGUUGGGUGAUACUUUUCGCUGGAAGAGUGAGAAUGUCUCUACGGCCGAAGUGGCUGAGACGAUUGGUCGGUAUCCCGGUGUCACGGAGGCGAAUGUCUACGGAGUCCUGGUUCCCAACCACGAAGGAAGAGCUGGAUGUGCUGCAUUAGACCUAGCGGUAACCGAAAAGGAGUUUGACUGGAAAGAUUUCACUCGAUUCGUGCGCUCGCAAUUGCCGCGAUAUGCGGUGCCUGUGUUUUUGAGAAUCCAGAACGGAUUGAGGCAUAUGCAUAAUAACAAACAGAAUAAAGUGCCCCUGAGACAAGAAGGAGUUGAUCCUGCGCUCAAAGGGACGAAGGAAGCGGAGGGCGCGGAUGAUCGAUUGCUGUGGUUGGUGCCGGGGGCGGACGAGUAUGUUGAAUUUGGACAGAAAGAGUGGGAUUCGCUUGUGUCGAGAGAGGCGAAAUUGUGA